AGUCUAGCGAUUACUCUAGCCGACAAUAGAAGAAUAGCGUGCUUCGUUUUACUUUCAUAUUUUUAAAUAAUUAUUUCAGUCAAUUCAUCGCGCCGUUAUUAUUUUUGGAGGCAACAAAAACUUGUAUGUUCAGCGAAUCUUGACUGGAAGUGGAACAGCAUGCAAGUUGUAGAAAAGAAGUUAAGAAAGCGUAAUCCGAGGGAAUCUGCUAACCUAAUCUCGAUAUUAUUGUUUGGAUGGUCAAUACCGUUUUUCAAAGCCGCCUACAAUAGAACAUUGGAUUCGAACGAUGUAUGCGUACCACUUAGAGAAGAUCUAUCCUGUGUGCUUGGUGAUCGCCUUGAAAGAAAUUGGCAAGUUGAGUGCAACAAAAUGAAAAAUCCACUUUUAUUGCGAGCGAUAGCGAAAACAUUCUGGUUUGAAAUCGUCUUCAUGGGAUUUUUGUGUUUCAUGAAUCUAUGCGUUUUUCAAUUAACUCUUCCACUUUGCAUUGGAGAAUUCGUAUCAUAUUUUCGCACUAACUCUAUACAGUCACGUGAUGAUGUAUUGAAAUAUGGCACAGUAAUUAUUUUGUUGACUAUCAUGUCUGGAUUGUGCUAUGUUCAUUACUAUUUCUAUGGACGGUAUUACGGAAUGAGAAUUCGUGUUGCUGUUUGCAGUCUUAUCUAUAGAAAGACACUUCAACUGUCGCAGAGGGCCUUAAGUGAGACAUCACCUGGAAAAUUGAUCAAUUUAUUAUCGAAUGAUGUUAGUCGUUUCGAUUUCCUAUGUACGUUUUUGCAUCUAUUAUGGAUGGCUCCUAUGAUGACGGUUAUUGCCACAUACAUCCUAUGGACCGAAGUUCGUUGGGCUGGAGUUAUUGGAGUAGCUGUGAUUUUUUGCAUUGUUCCGAUUCAAGGCUAUUUGGGAAAGUUCGCUGCUAGUAUCCGUUUUAAAAUUGCAACACGAACAGAUGAACGCGUUCGCUUUAUGGAUGAGAUUAUUUCUGGCGUACAAGUAAUCAAGAUGUAUAGCUGGGAAAAAGCAUUUGCUCAACUUGUUGCGGUGGCUCGACGAUCGGAAUUGAAAAUAAUUCUAAAAAAUGGAUAUGUACGUGCAGCAUUUAUGACGCUCAAUCUGUUCACUAGUCGGCUGGCUCUAUUCUGUUCAGUUUUAUCGAUAAUUUUACUGUACGGUCGCGAAAAUAUUACGGUAUCAAAGGUGUUCAUGAUGUCAAGUAUGUUUUCAGCGAUUUCCUAUGGAAUGAGCUAUUCAUUUGCCAGAAGUGUUACCGAAGUGGGAGACUCAUUGGUUACAUUCAGGCGUUUACAAACAUUUCUUCAGUAUGAAGAAAUCGGUGAUUUUGACUGUGAUAAUUCGGGAUCGGUGGAAAAAUCUGAGAGCAAAGAGUUUGGGACGACCCAAAAACAAAAGGCCUCAAAGGAUACGGCAAUUUCAAUGAAGAACGUUUCGGCUGGAUGGAGAGAUCACUUGAAACCAACGAAUACAUCCAAAUCUAAAGCUACCUAUAACGACCACGGAGCAAUGCCAAACGAAUUCAAACCAUUCAUGCUCCAAGACAUUGAUCUAGAGCUACCGAAAGGAAAGUUAAUCUUCGUAAUUGGAUCGGUUGGCGCGGGCAAGUCAACAUUAUUCCAAGUUUUAUUACGUGAAUUACCGUUGAUUUGCGGUUCAAUUAUUAGAAUUAACGGUUCGAUAUCGUAUGCAAGUCAACAAAGUUGGAUUUUUAAUCACAAUUUAAAACAAAACAUAACGUUUGGACAACCAUUGGAUCAAUCGCGAUAUGAUGCGGUUGUUCGAUGUACAGCUUUGGAAAAGGAUUUCGAACAGCUUCCGGCAGGUGAUUUGACGGUGGUCGGUGAAAACGGCAGUGGACUUUCUGGUGGUCAAAAAUCGAGAAUCAAUUUGGCACGCGCUAUAUAUAGACGCAGCGACAUCUAUUUGAUCGAUGACCCACUGAGUGCUGUUGAUACUCAUGUUCAAUCACAAAUAUUCACGGAAUGCAUAGGUCCCAAUGGAUUUUUGGCCAAGCAGCAAUCGACUAGAGUUUUGAUUACACAUCAAAUACAUUUCCUGACAGAUGCCGACUGGAUCAUCGUAUUGAAAGAUGGAAAAAUCGAAACUCAAGGAGACUAUGAUCAUGUUUUGAAUAGCGGUGUCGAUUUGGCAAGCCUAUUAAAAACAAAUGAAGAGGAGAAUAUCAAAAAAUGUGAAAUUAAAAAAUUGUCACUGAAAAAAUCUGAAAUCAUAAUGGACAACAGCAAGAAUAUUCCACCGCAAUCCAUUGCUAACGAAUCAUUGCAACAGAAGGGGGUCGUUGAAGAAGAAACGGAACUUCUCGAGAAAUUGGAAGCAUCUUCAAAGGGACAAAUUAAGGGAUCGUUGAUUGUAAACUAUUUCAAAGCUUCAAAAAGACCAUUUUGCUUGCUAUACCUAAUGCUAUCCUUCGUACUAGUUCAAAUUCUUGCUGGCAGUGCGGAUGUAUUUGUUUCACGUUGGAUAAGAAAUGAAGAGACCAAAACCCAAAUAAUGAGAUUAAAUAAUCAAACCGCGAGCAACUUAGAUCUGAAUAAUUGGUCAACCGAAUUGUACACAUGCAUUUACGGUGGAAUAAUGUGUGCAUUGUUGAUAAUAGCCGUAACGAGAUCGAUAUCUUACUAUCACGUUUGUAUGGCUGCCUCACAGAACAUGCACGAUUCAAUGUUUCGCGGCAUCAUUUCAACAACGAUGCGAUUUUUCAAUGUUAAUCCAUCGGGCCGAAUAAUGAACCGCUUUUCAAAAGAUAUGGGCAGCACAGAUGAAGCCUUGCCAAAAGUUAUGCUCGACGCUAUUCAACUAAAUUUAAGCACAAUCGGAGCGAUUAUCGUAACAAUUUUUGCAGACACAAGACUUAUAAUCCCUGUAAUAUGUUUGAGUUUCUCAUUUUUCUUGGCACGUCGAAUAUAUUUGAAAAGUUCAACGAAUAUCAAACGAAUGGAAGGAAUCACGAAAUCACCCAUUUUCAAUCACAUUUCUGCUACAUUAAGUGGUCUACCCACAAUACGAGCCAAUCAAGCGGAAAGAGCCUUACGGGAUGAGUUCGACAGACAUCAAGAUCUCAAUACGGGUACCUGGUACAUGGGUGCAGGUAUAGCAGAUGCAUUUGGUAUAGCGCUUGAUAUCAUGGUGUACGCCUUUGUUGCAGCUAUCAUAUACUUUUUUGUGCUAGUGAAUGAAGACGCUACUGGUGAUCGUGUUGGUCUUGCCAUUACGCAAUCCGUGGCAUUGAUGUCAUGGUUACAAUUUGGCGUAAAACAAAGUGCUGAAGUGACAAAUCAAUUGGUAUCUGUUGAACGUAUCUUGGAAUAUUGUCAAUUGAAACCAGAAAAACAGCCAGAAAUACCGGUGCGUGUGCUGUCAACGUGGCCUGCAAAUGGAAAAAUCGAAUUCAAAAAUGUAUUUUAUCGCUAUUCUGUUGAUAGCGAUGCCGUUUUACGUGGGUUAUCAUUUGUGGUGAAGCCACAAGAGAAGAUCAGUGUAGUUGGUAGAACGGGUGCUGGAAAAUCUUCGUUGGUCCAUGCGAUUUUCCGAUUGGCCGAAGUUGAGGGUGACAUACUCAUCGAUGAUGUAAAUGCAUCUUCCGUCGAAUUGAGUGUAUUGCGAUCGAGAAUUUCAAUUAUACCCCAAGAACCGACUCUUUUCUCCGGAACAUUAAGAAGGAAUCUAGAUCCAUUUGAACAAUAUUCAGAUGAUGCUAUUUGGAAGGCUUUAGAUGAUGUCGAACUUAAGGAAUUCGUAAGCAAAAACAAUGGCUUAUCGAUGCCAGUUCUAGCACAUGGACAAAAUUUUAGCACAGGACAACGACAAACAUUGUGCUUAGCGCGAGCAAUUCUUCGCAAAAAUAAAAUCAUAAUUCUAGAUGAAGCUACUGCUAAUUUGGAUUUGAGAACGGAUGAAAUGAUUCAACGAACGAUUAGGAGCAAAUUCGCUGACUCAACGGUCAUUACUAUAGCCCAUCGACUCAACACGGUUAUCGAUUCAGAUCGAGUAUUGGUGAUGGAUGCUGGUGUAGCUGUCGAAUUUGAUGAACCGUAUAAAUUGAUGAUGAUGAAAGAGAACGGAAUAUUCAAGCAAAUGGUCGAAGCACUUGGAUCACAAGAAUACGAUCGACUGUUGGCGUUGGCUCAAAAAAAGUUUGAAUUGUCGAAAAAUGAUUCGAAAUUGUGAAAAGUUCUGUUUUUAAGGAAUGCGUAUAACUUCUCAUUAUGAUUAGAAAUUAUUAUUAUCAUCAAUCAUUUCGUUAAUGAUGAAAUAUUUAAAAAGAAUCGCCAUUGAUGUUAUUUAUUCUAAUGCAUUGGGACAAAUACAUAACUGACCAUAAAUGAAAA